AGGCCACUCAACCAUCAACACCCACUCGGGAAGCCAGCCUGCGGACUGCCCCGUCUAACGCGUCGUCGGACACUUUAGUUAUGCCUCAGCCUGACGCUUUAGACUCCCACCGUGGCAAGCCGCUACCCUCUCUGCCCGCUGUUGCGCGCAACGCGAACACUUUGGCAAACAGAAGAGCUCAAAUAGCCGUUGGGAAACCUCCCAUAGAGGCAUCUAUGAUCUCUUCUCCUUGCCGUAUCAAUCCCGUCACGCUGGAGCCUCACACAACUCGCUUUGACGAAGCCAUGUUUAUCCCGGCCAAUGACUGUCCAAGUCCCAUUCCCAGCCCAGGUUCCAAUUCGCCUUCCAUAGAUAAGCCAACCCCAUUUGGUCGCGAUAGGCCGUCGACAUCCACAUCCGAAGUGGUUUGUGAGCAAUCAGUGUGGGAAUCAGACUCGGACACCGAAGACAUGGAUCCAAAGUCGCUGUCUAGGAAGCCUAUGGAUACAUUGAAAAAGGUUCGCAGUCGCGUGCACCUAAGGGUGGCCAAGUCAGCCCCCAAGUUACAGAACUCCAGCAACAGCCCCCAGGCUCUAGAAAAAUUCCCUACAACGCCUGAUCAGCCGCCAGAAGAUCGUCGCCCGCCGCCGGUGAAGUCAAUCGGGAAAUCUCGUUUCUCUCCCGAUAAGUUCCCAUCGGCACAGCAAACGUUACGUAUCGUAGCUCCAUCGAACACAUCCCUCGUGCCACCACGGACUCCUCGGUCCCGUCGUAACAGCAAGGAAGAGCGUCCAAACUUUGAUAUCGAUAGAUCGACAGCAGCCGCGAUGCAGGCCAAAUCCAGGCGUAAGCCACGGUCUAGUUCGCCCCAGUCGUCCCUAUCCAGUGAUGGUGAUAAGAUACGUACCUUGUGCCGUGAAGAGCGAUCGGACAAAGCCAUGCAAAGUUUGACCCCUUUACGACAACCUCUCUACAAACGUUUCUGGGAGUCGCUGCGUGUGCUCAGCUGCCAUGGGAAUAUGCCACCGCCUCGACCACGCAAGGCUAUGUAA